CGACGUGCACUGUUUAUGUUUUGAUUUCGGUACUCGCAAGUAGCUGUCACCGCGUUCCCGCAGUUUUAAGUGAAAAUUCCAUGAAGUUGCCCGCGAAAUGACCAUCUUCAGGCUGGAAAGGUACCCCUACGUGUGCCGGAUGUGUCUAAAGCCGGAACAGCACCGCAAGAUGACGUCGCUGGACACCGAGGAUGAAAGCUUCGAGGGAUGUGCCACCUUCGAGGAGUUUCUGGCAACGAUGUCGUUCCAGGUUGAAGAGGAAAAGCGCCAUUUGUUUCCGCGGUCAAUUUGCCCCCAGUGCAAAGACCUACUCCAAAUGUUUGGCCGCUUUCGCACCAAAGUGCGCCACGUGCACCUGUUUAUGAACGCUCUGGUCGAGCUGCGGAACCUCAACACGGUACCGAUGCAGGAACUUUUCCACACGAAACUGGAAUCGGUUCGGACGAUGCUCGCGGAGCUGGAUUUGUGCCACAAGGAUGACUGCCAGGCGAAGGAUUUGAUUGAUGAAUUCCCACUGUUUCAAAUUGCUAAACUUCCGGCCACGAUGGAACAGAACGGUGUUGACGAGGUUGACGAGGUUGCCGAGGUUAAAGAAAAAGAAGUCGAUCUGCAAUGCUGCGAAGAAAUAAAAGAAUUCGAAGAACCUGAAGAGGAAACUUUUUUUGCUGAGGAAUGUCCGCCCGAAGAGUUGGCCGGGCUGGUCAAUGAAAUUGUUUGUCAAGUUGAGUUGUCCGAGGAGGGUGUUCCGGAGCAGGAAUCUACAGUUGAUGACGAGUUUCGAUGGGAGUGCCUAGACGAUAGCGAUGAAGAAGUAAAGAUCCCAACCAAGAAAAAAGCUGCGUCAGCAGCGGCAAAAAAGAAGCGAGCAAAAUAUGAUUUCCUCAACGACAGCGAACCAGAAGAGGAGCUAACGCUCGACAAGCUGGGAGAUUUGAGUGAGGCGCUGGCAAACAGAAAGUACGGCACCAAGAAGGUGAAAGAGCCGCUGCAGUGCCCCAAGUGCCCGUUCAAAACCAUGUACCGGUCAAAUUUUCAUUCGCAUCAGCUGACGCAUCUGAAGCGGGAAAAUAUCAGUUAUGCCUGCAAGGAACCUGGCUGUACGAAAAAGUGCGCGAACCUGCGGCUUUUACAAAUGCACGUGGAAGGGAAACACAGCGGAUUUACUUAUAUCUGCGAGACUUGUGGGUUCCAGUGUUCAACUGGCUCCAGAUUAAAAGAACACAACAAACGUUAUCACAACAAAGAAACCCUGAACUGCGAGUACUGCCAGAAAACAUUCAAACUGAAACUAGACUUGCGGAACCACAUAGUAAAUGUGCAUCUCUCGGAAAGGGUUUUCAAGUGUGAAACGUGUGGGAUGGAAUUUCGGCGAAAAAGUACCCUUACAGUACACGAAGCUACCCACAGCGACGUGUACAACUUUCCGUGCCAGCAGUGCGAUAAAAAGUUUAAGGUGAAAAACUUACUGAAUAAGCACAUCAUCAGGGUUCACCAGGAAGCAACGCUCGAGUGCGAACACUGUUCCAAGAUGUUCUACACUAGAUGGAUGCUGCUGGAUCACAUCGAGAGCAGACACGGGGUCCAGAUGCGCUUUGUUUGCGACGUUUGUGUUGCAACGUUCGAUAGCCAGGAAGAGCUCGCGACCCACAAAGCUCGUCACGAUCAUCCCAAAGACCUCGAGUGCUGUCUUUGCUUGAUUGUAUUUCCCUCGAAAGAAAAUAUGGUGGAUCAUUUGUGCAUCACGUACAGGGAGGAUUACGUUUGCUGCGAGCGAGAUUGGCGGCAGCAUCUGCACUACAACAAACACAUGCUCGUCAAGCAUGGCGUCAAGAUAAACGCCCGCGUUAAGCCGGAGCCGAACGUUUUGCUGGGCCAAAUACGCGCAAAAAGGAAACGGGUCGAGAGUUGCAACAAGUGUAAGGCCAUCUUUCCGUCGAGGACGCUGAAAAAGCAGCACCAGGAAACGUGUCUUGCUGGUGACAUUCAGGUUUGAGUUUGAAUGACGACUUGAUUUAUGAGUUCUGUUACGAAAUAAAAAAAAAACAAUGAAU